UGCAGCCUUGCUUCAAACCUGUGAAUCGACUCAAAAUUUACCAUCUCAUCUUUGUUGGCAUCAACAAUUUCAAAUGCUUUCCAUUCCUGUUUUGACGCCCGCGCUCUGAAAACUAAUAUUUAAGUUGCAAGGGGCCGUAGGAACAUGAAGACAGUUCUCGAUGGACUAGAUCAAAGAGAAUUCAUGCGGACAUGCGGAUUACGGUUUGCGGAAUCGCGGAAAACGGAUUGGGACGCGUCGGUCCAGCUUCCAACCCGUUUCAGAAGGAUCGAUUUUCGCUAAUGAGACUUAUCCAACUACCCAACAAAAUACGGUUUGACAUGUGCAACUAAACAAAACCAGUGCAGAGGCUAAACCCAGUGCGGGUGCAGUGCUUUUUUAAGUGUGAUUGGUGAUUGCACAAAUUGUGAAACAUAUCCAGCUUGUGAAGGAACACUAAAUCCAUGUGCGAAAGUUAAGUGACACGACGGGAUGAAAAGAGACAAAUCUAUUCUAGUGCAUGUCGUGCAGGUCAUUUGUUCAUUUCAAGAGAUUGACCAAAAGAGGGGGAAUGGCCAUAUCCUCGAGCUCACGUGGAAAUAAAAAAUGUAUCCUUUAACUUGACCUUCAAAAUUAUUUUCCUUCUACUCUAAACUUUAAUUCCUGGAAAGCCCAGGAUGGGGAGCGUGUCGGCGUGUAUAUAAGGCGGCAGCCAACAUCAUAAUUUACAUUCGUGUAAGGCACUUCCUCUGUAACUGUAGGCUACUGAUGCUCCAACACGGUCGACGGACGCUUUGCUUGUCAAGUUGCCAACCAUAGAGGAUGUAAAGGGGUUCUAUUGCUUUGCCGUCCUUCUCUACGGAUGCCCACCAUUCCCUAAACAUUGAUACGAAUCUGCCGACGUCCUUUAUUUCAAAUUUCGUUAUCAGUUAACUACAUGCUUACUGUCAAUCAGAUUUCAAAUUGCUUAAUGGAAAGAUAACGUAACAGUAUAGUACGUAACGUUUGUUUACAUUUGAGUGAGAUGACGUGUUUGCCGUCAGAUGGAGAUUUACACAUCCAUGAGAUGUUUUUUGAUUGGCGUUUCAAUCUCGUUGCAGAUUGCAUAGCAGGAAGAUGUCAGUCGCCAAACGGCGUAAAAGAUGUCACGAUUAAAGGUGACGUUUAUGUGUACACUCAACAAACUGCGGCUGAACGUUAGAGGGGAUGGAGAUGGCCGGGCAUGAUUCGAAGACUUGUCUGAUCGUUGUAGGUUGGAUUUCAGUGAUUUGCUUUGCCCAUCCAUCCCUUUAUUACGAAUGCACACGGAACUUCCGUCUUUCCGAUGUACUUGCUUUUGCCAGUGAUGUAAUCUACACGUCAAUAACGUUGCGUCAAAGCCUCAAAUCUCCGUUCUGUUUGGAAACAGGCAAUCUGUUUCUCUAACAAACAAAGAAAAGCAGGUUGAUCAACCUGAUUUAACCGACCCAGAUGCAUUUGAAACGGACAUUGGAAAUUGGGAUCGGACAAAUGUAGUCUCAAAUUCACCUGAUGGUGAUGGCAAAUCAAUUGCUAGCAACGCGGUCAUUGCAUAUUUGGCACAGCAGAGACGUAAAAUCAGUAAAGAAUCGAACUUCCCUACAAUGGUGGCCACCAACAUCAGUGAGCAAUGUCAUAAUGACAGUGUAGCUUACCACGAAGCGUACCUCCUUCGAGUCGAUUGGGCUAAGCAAAUGUACGAAUCAACGGGAAAACUACCAGAAGCCCUACAUUACAGUGGCAAUUUUCACGGCCAAGGUCUCUUCGACGAAUGUAUCUCUGUGCAAGCGUAUUGGACAGACACUUCGUUCCAGGGCCAGUAUUGCACGGUAUUCUUCGAUUCAGCCAUCGUGAUGCCAUGGGAAAUAGAAGAAGAAGAAACCGUGGACAACGAAUCGAAACGUACCAAUUGGGUGGGCAUCUUGCAAGUGCUGGAAUGGCUCUACGACGGACCGAAACUGAAAGAGCCGAAAGUGCGGGACACUGACCGCAACUCACGAUAUUUGGCUGCUGUUGAUUACUGCAUUCCUUCUUCGUGCACUGCAGAAGAUUUCCGUUGGUCUAUCGCUCAGCUGAUUGGAAGCAGAGCCAUAGAUAACAUAACUUAUGAAGGCAAUUCAUAUUACACUUCCAUGGUAGCUGUCAGCGAUGACAAGUAUUGCUACACGAAAGAGAAGACAAUUGCCACACCCGAUUUCAAUGGUCCCGACAUUGCUGUGAUCACCACGCUCAGUCUUCUUGGAUGUAUCGUUCUUGCGGCUACCGCUCACGAUGUAUGGCUAACUUACCUAAAUCGAUCAGUCCAGCCGAAGAAAGUCACUCUGUCAUUGCAAGCGUUACGCUGUUUUUCAAUGCUAACGAAUGGCAAGAAGCUAUUGUCUACCAAAUCAAAUGCUGUUGAUAAUCUGGCUUGUUUGAACGGGAUGCGAGUGUUGUCCACAACUUGGAUUGUUCUGUACCACACGUACUAUCAAGCUAUCGUCAAUCCAAUGUACAAUCCUCUGACGUUUUUGAAGGAUGCGCUUGAAUGGCAAUUGCAUGGUGUUUUGAACGCCACUAUCGCUGUGGAUACCUUUUUUCUGAUGAGCGGACUGCUUGUAACUUAUUCCUUGAUGCGCGAGCUGGAUCGCAACAAUGGACGUUUCAACAUUGGCUUCUUUUAUCUUCAUCGUUUCCUCAGGUUGACGCCUGUGUAUGCAAUCAUUUUGGGAUUCAUUGCCACUUUGUUAGCCUACCUCGGUUCGGGACCCAACUGGCAAAAUGUCCGGUACUUGAGCUUGGCUUGUCGCUGGAAUUGGUGGAACAAUCUUCUUUAUGUCAAUAAUUAUGUCCUCACUUAUCCCCUAGAGUGCAUGGGUGAAACGUGGUACUUGGCUUGCGACAUGCAAAUGUUCCUAUUGAGCCCUUUGUUUAUCUAUCCUCUAUGGCGAUGGAGAAGAAUCGGACUGAGUUGGGCUAUUUUCAAUAUAGUGGCACUUUUAAGCGGGACUAUUGCCAUUUUCAUCGUGUGGAAUCUACCGGCCAUGGGCUUUUUCACUAGACCAACCGACACCAAUAAUCCAUAUUAUUACUACGGUUAUUACGUUCAAAUAUGGACCCGAUUUCCGCCAUACAUCUUAGGGAUCAUGCUUGGCUGGCUGCUUCAUAAAACUAAAAAUAGGAAAAUUAAACUGAACAAGGGCGUCGUCAUUAGCGGCUGGUUUAUUGCAUCUUUAGUUGGUUUGGCUGUUCUUUAUGGCAUGGUUCCAUAUUUAAACGAAUAUGAGGUGCCCGACAUGAACGACGUAGCUCGCGUUUCGUAUGGAGCGCUGCAUCGUUUUGCUUGGGCCUCUUCCGUCGCGUGGAUCGUCUUUGCUUGCAUCCACGGUUACGGAGGUUUCGUGAACCGGUUUCUAUCGUGGAAGGUCUUUAUUCCACUGGCUCGUCUUACCUACGUCGUUUAUUUGGUUCAUUUCACUUACCUGACGGUCUAUCACAGCUACAUUAGGAAGCCUUACUAUUACACCAAAUUCACUCACGCUGAACAUUAUUUUGGAGUCCUGUUGAUGGUAUUUUUCAUGGCUUUUGCCAUCUGCCUAACGGUGGAGGUCCCUCUUUUGAACCUGGAGAAACUCCUCAUCAGGCCCAAUCGCGCAAAAAAAGCUCUGGUUGGUGACAUUGAAAUCGAGCAAGCAAUUCCCAGAAUAGAACUGAAUUAUGACAAAUCUACCGAUGGUGAGCUGUAGGCUAGUUACUUUUCCCAUGCAUGUUUUGGACCCCGUGUCUUUCAUUGUGAAACCUUAUCAAAUUUCUCAACUUUAAAUGACUAUACCUGCUGAAAUAUCAGGCAGUUAAUACAGUUUCACUUAUAUUAGCGCAA